CCUAUUUUUCUAUUUUUUCCACCAUAAGCUCAAAUGUCGGGGCAACCUGAGACAUUUGGCGCUAUAUGUGGAACAUAUAGUAUGUUGUCAGGCACUCUUAUGGGAAAUGUCGGGGGCUCGUACAAAAAAACGGUUGGGCGUAAAGAGAUGCCGUAAAGUGCAUUAGAUGCCUCUCGAAAAGUUUUAAAAUGACUUUUUUCUAAUUCAUGGUAUCUUGAACCAUUUUCAAGAAAUUCAAUAAAAACCGAUUUUUCGGUUUCGAAAUCAUAAAUGUUUCGCUGAAUGAAUUGGGUGCAUAACACAAAGUUGUAUGUAAUAGCAAAUAUGUUCAUAACCGCAUUAUCUAUAAUAUUUACUCGAAAAUUUUUUCGAAAUAAUGCUAGGUACAGGCGGUAAGUUCAAAUUUCCGAAAAAUUUUGCAAUUUCGGCUACCAAUUUCUCCACUGAGCUACAGCCUAGACGAUACAUUUUGGUAACCUAAACUAAACGGGAUCGUAUUGGGGAAGGUCCCGGCUAGUGCCCUCGACUGAUUGACUUUUUCGAAAUAAGCCUUGGUUUUUAAGAUAUGGCGCGAUUUCUAAAAUUAAAAUCCAUAACUCAUAUUUGGUAUGAAAAAAUAGAAAUUUUCAGCGGUUUUGCCGCAUAGCUUGUGGACCAUGUCGUCCCGUGUGUCUGCCUGCAUGUGACAUGAAGAUCUUGCCAUCCCAUAUUUACAAUACCUUGGAAAUGCAAGAUAGACACCGUUAAAGAAAAUGUGAGACUGGGAUAAGAGUGAUUAAAAAAGUGAUUUCUGGAUACAAUUCGUGCAGCGCAUAUUAAAGUGACAAAAACUAGGACAUAAGAACAAUGGAGGCAGAAGAAGAAGUUCGUAAGGAUUUGCUCCCUCAAAAUAAGAGAGCAGAUUCCGUUGUGAUUGAAGCUAGUCAGAUUAGUGUCAGUGUGAAGCGAAUAAGUCUUCCGGAAUUUCAGAGAUUGCCCUCCUUUAGUCAGGUCGAUGCCGACGGAAAUGGCAAGAUAGACUUUUUUGAAUUCAAACAAUUCUUUCCAGACUUACCGGAAGAAGAGGUUGUCAGAAUUUUCGAUGAAGUCGAUGUCGACCAUGAUGGACAACUGGACCGAGUGGAAUAUACGACUUGGAAAACCAAAGCUGUCGACUUUGCCCGAUCUCUCAUCCUCCCAAGGAAUAUCCUUGCCGAACAAAAUAAUCAGAAAGAUUUAUACAAAGACUUGUACAGUUGCACUCCUCCCCCGAUUUUUAUGUUCGCCAUUACGCUAAUAGAGAUUGGAGUAUUUAUUUAUAACUGGUACUAUUUAAGUAAUAAUGGCAUUACUUUAUACAACUACGGCCCCCCUCCAAUCCAUUCCGUGCUUAUCUAUCAUCCUGAGAAGAGAUAUGAAGUGUGGCGUUAUGUCUCGUACUUUUUGAUACAUUCUGGGUACAUGCACAUAAUUAACAACGUGGUCGUUCAGCUCCUUCUCGGCGUCCUGUUAGAAAUGGUGCAUAAAUGGUGGAGAGUUCUCGUGAUUUAUUUCGCUGGUGUGAUCGCUGGAUCACUGGCGACCUCGGUGUGGUCGCCGUAUACGAUGCUCGCUGGGGCCUCAGGAGGUGUUUAUGCACUUAUUUUUGCGCACAUGUCUACCGUGAUAUUGAAUUGGUCAGAAAUGGAGCACCCGUGGAUUCGAGUCUUACUAUUUUCAAUAUUUGUCACCUACGAUGUGGGCAUCGCGUGCUAUUAUGAAUAUUAUCUCGGAAAAGAAACAAUCGUUGGUUAUCCUGCCCAUACCGGCGGUGGGAUCGCUGGCCUCUUGACUGGAAUUUAUAUACUAAAAAAUGUAAAAUGGGAACGAUGGGAGACCUAUUUGUGGUACGCAUCCGUCGUUCUUGCAGCUCUUCUCGUCGCUUUUGCCGUCGCAUGGAAUGUGUUCAAACAAGACUACUAUCCUCAGAAUAAGUAUUAGUGUUAAUUAGUUUAACGGGUCAUUUUAUUUAUUUAUGUAUCUUCCUGUUAACGAUUGAAGAUUUUUAAUAAAUUAUUCGCAUCAAUUUUUAAA